GCCAGGAUGCCCGACACCAUGCUGCCUCUCUGCUUCCUCGGCCUGCUGGCCUGCGCCUCCGCUUGCUACUUCCAGAACUGCCCAAGGGGUGGCAAGAGGGCCAUGUCCGACCUGGAGCUGCGACAGUGCCUCCCCUGCGGCCCCGCGGGCAAGGGCCGCUGCUUCGGGCCCAGCAUCUGCUGCGCCGACGAGCUGGGCUGCUUCGUGGGCACCGCCGAGGCGCUGCGCUGCCAGGAGGAGAACUUCCUACCUUCGCCCUGCCAGUCGGGCCAGAAGCCGUGCGGGAGCGGGGGCCGCUGUGCCGCCGCCGGCGUCUGCUGCAACGACGAGAGCUGCGUGACCGACCCCGAGUGCCGCGAGGCCUUCCCCCGCCGCGCCCGCGCCAGCGACCGCGGCAACGCCACGCAGCUGGACGCGCCCGCCGGGGCCCUGCUGCUGCGGCUGGUGCAGCUGGCGGGGGCGCCGGAGCCCGCAGAGCCCGCCAAGCCCGGCGGCUACUGA